GUGGGCAGCGCUGCAACAAAAAUCAAUAGUCGCCGCCAUAUUUUUUCACUGAAUGAAGACCAACGCGCUUCGCACACCGAAAAAUGUAAAGUUAAAUAAGUUAUUUAAGAUAAGCUACUGUUGAAAGUGCGCCGAGUGACCAAGUGAUCAGUAAGCAUCGACAGAACCGUUUAAUCGCUAGCAAUAGUUCCCCGAAUCGCCAAUCUCCGGCAUCCUAACGCUGCUUCUUCUUCCUCCGGCUUCAGCAGUCUUAAAAUCCGCGUCCGAGUGCGAAGUAUACCAGUGCAAGUGGUAGUGCGUGUGAUCUAGUGUACGAGAACAGCGAGAGAGGAGCAUGGAAGGAGGCUCAGUGUCCUCGCCAUCGAUGGGCGGCCCACGUGGAGGCGGUUUCCGUGGACGGGGCGGUGGAGCGCCUAUGCGCGGUGGCUUCGAUCGCGGACGUGGUCGUGGCGGUCGUGGACACUUUAUGGGUGGCAUGCGCGGAGGCGGCGGUAGCGGAAUGGGCGGAGGACCGCCCAUGCAGGGCAUGAUGUCGGGUCCUCCGAGGGGAAUGCGUGGUUCCCGUGGUGGAAUGGGCUAUCAGGGACGCGGCGGCGGCUAUCAGCCGCGUGGUGGCGCUCCCAUGGGCAUGCGAGGCGGUCGCCCACCUUUGUACUCACAGCCUCCCAAACAACACACAGGUGCCGAGAACAACAAGACCGUAUCACCAGUGCCCACCUCGGCGAUCAGUGGAGAACAGCCAGCGGUUGAAGCAGCCGGUGACGAGGUCACCGAUGGCCAGACAUCAGCGGUCGUCCCGUCUUCGGGUAACUCGCAUGGCGGCAGUUCCGCUCCUGGUGGCAGCAACGGCGGAGGACCUCCUCCAUAUCUGGGCCGUGGACGUGGACGCGGUGGUCCCUUCAGUGGACGUGGACGUGGUGGCGGCGGCUACAAUUCGCACAUGAACGGAAAUGGAGGCGGCAGCAUGUACGGUGGCUCCCACAGCCACCACGGCAAUUCCAUGGGCGGCGGUCCGGGCAGCGAGCACGGUUCGAUGCCCAGGCGCGGAGGUCCUCGGGGCAGGGGCGGCUACAAUCAAGGUAUGAGUCGGCCACCCUUGCAUCACCAUCAGGCACAUAAUCCCAAUACACAACUUGCACCGGUACCAGCUCUCAAACGCGGCGCUCCCGGUGGUCCUGGUCCCAAACGCGGUCGCUACGAGGGCGGUCCCUAUGGCCAGCGGCCCAUGACGCCCAAGUACCAUUCAACACAGCAGCAUAUGGGUGGUGGAGGCGGCGGCGGCAUGUCUUCGCAGUCCUCCUAUGGCUCGCCGCCAAGUCACCAUGCGCCACAACAAAGCCAUCACAGCUAUCAGACACACGAGCAGACCCAACAAGUGGAUCCCUACGCGCAGAGCGGUUACAGCACCCAGACCACCCAGCAGGGAUACAAUGGCUAUGGGCAGAGCGGCAGCAGCAGUUAUGCGACUCACACAUCGCAGACAAGUGCUCCGGCGAGCAGCAGCUACGGAGCCCACCACAGCACCGAAUACGAUCAGAGCCAGUAUCAGAACUACAACUCGACGGGCUAUGCCGCACCGCAGGACACACGGUAUCAGUCGUACAGCCAGGACUACAGCCAACAGUACGGCUCGACCGCAGUGGACUACAAUGCUACCGGACAAGCGGACUACAGCCAGCACGGAGCGCAAAGCACUGGCUACGAUGAGCGUGCCUACGCGGGUUAUGAUUCGCAGGCCUACUCGCAGAACUAUUCAAAUGCAGCCGCCUACUACUAAACAACCACUUCCCACUCCCACCCCUGACGGCACACUAGAGAUCAGAACGCUGCGCGUGCUUCGAUAGGCCAAGAAACCAAAUAAGAAGGGAUUAGGGCAGAAAAAUAUCGAGUAAAAUGGAAGGGAAUAUAUGUUUAAUGCAACAAUUAACUUGCUAUACAUAACACGCAAACACACACAUACGCGGUCACUCAAAACAUACAAUUUUAGUUUUAAGUAUAAAGUUCUCUUUUUCUUAGCAUUUAAGCAAAACUAGUGUUUCGACGUCUUUCUAUAUAAACCCCCAACCCAAAUUAACAUCCCCUUUGUUUCCGUUUCGUCUCCCCAUGAGUACUGAACAGAUAUAUUGAAAUAAUCCGCCUUGCCUGUUGUUUAAUGUUCUCUUAAUAGACAAACGGAGCUAGCCUGCACUGAGCUCCAGCCUAUAAAUUUAAAUGUGCUCCUCCUUAGUUCCAUUUACAAUUACAAGUCAACUGUGACCAAAGUAUGCUACAAUCAUAUUUUUUAUAUGACAGAAAAAUGCGAGUACGUAACAUGAUCUUUUGAAUGAACUAAAUUUAAACAUUUUGUGAAUCAUGUAUAUGAUUUGUGAAUAUUGUAUACAAAUGAAUGCAAUGUAUAUUUUAGUUUUUAAGCUGAAAACCGCAAACGACUCUCGACACAUUUAUUUUCAAUCCCACAUGCAUCUGAAAGCGUUUAUGAUUUUGCAAGAUUGUGUUAUUUUUCUUUAUGAAUGACAAAAACGUGACGAAAGCGUAACUUAUUACUUUUGUUUUACAAAAACCUCUUAUAGUGACAAUUUAAGCAAAAAAAAAGUUCGUAAUAAUGUAACUCCUUAAAAUUAAGCUGAAAAAAACAAGUAACGAAAUACACAAAGUAUAUUAGAAAAAGAUGCAAAAACCAUAACCAUAAUCAAAGUCAAUAAAAUAAUGUUCAAAAAUGUGUUUAAUGCAUUAAACUUAUUUAAGCGUACAUAUUAUUAUUUAAAAUAUUUUGUUUAAAAGAAAUCAAUCAGUAAAAAUGCAAAUUAUUAAGCAAGACAAUCAAUCAAAAGACGAAUAAUAAGUGAAAAAUGUGAAAAACGUAAGACUGAAUAUAUUCACGAACUGAAGCUGCACUGCCAGCAUACAAGUCAUGAAAAAAGAGAGACCAAUGAAUGAAAUAACAGAGUAUUAAGUAUUUACGAAACGAUUACUACAAAUGCAAAGAACAAUUAAUUAAUCGCCAAGCGAUUAUCAAAGUGCCAAGUAUACCUGACUAACAAAACUCAGGAUAAAAACUAAACGAAAAUCCAAUAUACCGAAUGCGUUAUGAAAAUGCAAGGACAUCAGUCAAUCAAAUUAUUAAGAUAGUGUCGCGAAAAUAUAUUAACGAGAAUGUUUACCAUGAUUGAGCUAACACGUACCAUAACCAUUCAAUUAGAUGAAUAUCUAAAUUUACAAACUGAAAGCACUGAAAGUACAAAAUGCAAAUAUUAAAACAUAUUUUGGUAAGUUAAGGUUAAUGCUAAAAAACACAUAUAUACAAAAAAUUUAGUAUAUGAUGACCUCAGCAUGCAAAAACUAUUAAUCUAAUAUGAUAAUUUAAAUCAAUUUUUAAACAAUUCUACCUCCUUGAAUUAAUUAAGAAGUUAAAGUAUUUAAUUAUAUUGUAAAGUAAAAGUUUUGAACAACUUAUGGUUACUUAAAAAAACAACUUAACAUAAAAGCUGUUGAGCUCUUCAUACAAGAAAAUGCGGCACUUUUGCCGCAUUUACCAUAUAAAUUGUAGCAUUUAGAUUUUUUUACAGGAAUGAGAAAUCAAAAUUAACAAAAUUAAAGCGAUAUACGCUUAUCAAAUCUGAAGGAAACGAACUAGAUGGAUAUGUCAAGGGUGGUAAUCUCAAAACAAACAACACGAAUACAAAGAAAUCAAAGAGAUUAUAAAUAUAUGAAAUAUUUUAUUUUAAAUGUUGCACUUUUAUGUUAUUUAUAUAUUUUCGUUUAUGUAUACAAUGAUUUUAUUUGUUAUUGUUAAGCCGAACCAAAUACCUUAACUACAGUCUUAAAAAGAAUAAACAAGAUAUUAUGCGAAUGAAAAUUUAUUAAAAAGACUGAAUGAUAUUUCAACGAGAUACAAUCUCUAUAGAUCCAAAGAAACUAAAUAUAAAA